AUGGCAGCGACGGCGGCGGCGGACGCGGUGGAGGAGAAGACACUGGUGGAGAUCGUAGAGGCGUCCUCCGGCGAGCUGGACGUGGGCAGGUACGUCUCCUUCGUGCGCGACCCUUCCUGCGGGGCGAUCGCCACUUUCGAGGGCACGACGAGGGACACCUUCGAGGGCCGCCGAGUGGUGGAGCUCCGGUACGAGGCGUACGUCCCUAUGGCCCUCCGGCAGCUCCGCCAGAUCUGCGCGGCGGCGAGAUCCCGCUGGGCGGUGGAGCGACUGGCGGUGGCGCACCGCCUCGGCAGGGUGGCGGUGGCGGAGGCGAGUGUGUUCGUGGCGGCGUCCUCCGUUCACCGGGCGGAGGCGCUGGCGGCGUGCGAAUUCCUCAUCGACGAGGUGAAGGCAUCGGUGCCCAUCUGGAAGAAGGAGGUCUACGAGAACGGCGAGAUCUGGAAGGAGAACCGCGAGUUCCUCGAUCGCCGGGGGCCGCCUCCGGGUGACGGCGGCGGUGCGGAGGAGGAGAAGAAGAAGAAGAGGGGCUGCUGCGCGCACAAGGUGAGGGUGGAUGACUAG